UGACUGUGUCAAUACCGACCAGGUAGUCAGGGGGGCUACUUGGUGACACUUCACUACGCACGUAAACACGACCUUAUUCACGUGACAUGCUAUCCUGUGGUUCAUUGUAACAGCACAACACAAGAGCACGCGUACAGGUGUUACUCUGACUUCAACCUAGUAAUUUGUAUAAAAAUGGCAGCAGGUUUUUCAUGCGUCAUGACGUUCCUGGUGACGUUUGUGUUCCUGUGUUCUGGUCAGUCUGUCUGCAAGCCACCGCCGGAGGAGAAAUGUUCGUGUAACCAGGUAGUGAACGUCGGUCCCGACGAAGGAUUGAAAUUUGAACUGGAUCGUCUGAAAAUCGUCGUGGACCAACUUUCACAGAAGAUAGCAAAUUGGUCAGAAGAUCGAGUAUCGACCCUUGAGGAACAGCUGGCUCAGGAGCGAACCAUUCGGGCAGAACUGGAAGGGAGGGUCAAUGGUCUCCAGGAAGAGUUGGCACAUGUGCAGAACACAUCGGCCCAGCAGAAUGGCCUUUCGGGAAAACUGAAAAACGACCUGUGCAGCGCAACACCCAAGCUGGGGCGGCUUUUCCAGGUCAGGUCACCGGCCGGUGACUACAAGUACGACUUAGAUGAGGCAAGGCACGCAUGCGCAGAGCAGGAUGCAACCCUCGCCUCCUAUGACCAGCUGUACCAGGCCUGGAAGGAUGGGUUGGGUUACUGCUUAUGCGGGUGGCUGUCGGACGAGACUGCCCGGUAUCCAACGCAAAUUCCCUCGCCAGGCUGUGGCGUAGUUGGCAUCAACGACUGCGGCUGGCUCACCCAGUACAACGCCUGGUGCUUCCGUGCGCUCAGCUUCUGUGGCUGACACAACAUCACUGUCAUGCCAAGUGGUUUCAAAUGUAAAUAUUGAAAUAUUAUAUAUUUGAAUGACCUCUGGUCUCCUACUAUACUGAGUUAUAUUGUUACUUUUCAUACUGUCAUUAGCCUAGGUUAUGGAUUGUAAGUAUAAGAGAUUUUUGUGAUUUGUGACUUUAUUAUGUUAUGAUAUGUGUAUGUUUAUGUAUGUAACGUUAUGUAUGUCAUAAUACAUAUGAGGCCCGACAUCAGCUCAGCUGCCAGGCCUUCCACUGUAUUGCAGUGUUGGCAAUUUAGAUAAAUAAAAUAAAUAAAUAAACAAAUGUGAUGACCAUAACAUUGUAACUACGGUGUCAGUAACUUACACCGUGAUUAUAGCUUCGAUACCUGCAAGAUAACUGCAUUGAUCAGUAAUACUUCUUCUCACCUUCUCACCCGGCCGCCUGUAUGUAAUACUGUACCUGAUAUAAUCUCGGCUGUUGGUUGGAUCAAUACGUCUCACAAUUGUAUUGGAAACUCCCGGAUCGAAAAAAUAAAGAACACCGUGCUUCUCACGGUA